AUGGUAGCGACAAGAUCCAAACGAAACCGUGAAGAGGAAGAAGAAGUCGACGAGGCAGCAUUGGACGUGUCGGACGACGACGACGACGCGCCUUUACCCAAUUCCUCGCCCGUCAAGAAACGCGCACGACAUGCCUCGUUUCCUUCAACACCGCACCCUUCAAAGACCCGGAACCUCUUUAUGACCCCCACACACAACAGAGUCCUCCAACAGCUAACGCCUUAUCCGAUAAAUGGUGCACAAGACACGCCUUCGAAUCCGUUUGGCAGGAAACGCAUCCAAAGCCUCAUUCGGUCGCUCCCCCCUGUCACGUCUUUCCGCCACCACUUACCACUACGAUUCCAAUUUAUACGAAAGGACAUCCCAUAUGGUCAAGGCAAAGAGGGGGUAUACCGGAUCGUCCAGGUGCCUUUGAGCUACACCUUUGUGCACCUGCGCUGCCUCAUUGCGUUCUUAUUCGGGGUGGAAGUAGGAGAAAGGAGGAGGGUGGACAUCAAGGGAAAGGGCAAAGCCUUGGAAGAGGAGGAUGAUCACUUAUUCGAGGUGAAGAAGGAUAUUGUUCAAUCCGACGCGGAGGAUAAACCAGGCCACAUCAAAUCGGGCAGAACGUGGGCGAAGCUGUCGAGUACGCGGGACCCGUGUAGGUGGAAAGCAGAGGAAAUGGAUGUGGACGAGGAGGAGGACGUCGAUGACGCAGAUGAAGGAUCUAGGGCGAGUGUUGCACCAGACGAAGAGGAGGACUGGCAGUGGAAGGAUGAGGAAGACUUUACCCUGCACAACGCGUGGCAUGAUGGACUGAACCUCAAACGAGGCAUUGUAUAUACACAUAACCGGACCACACAAGUCCACAUCACAAUCAACGAAUCCCCGGUGGAAAGGCGUGCAGGUAAAGGAAACACACCAUACGUCUUCCGAGCCAAGGGACGUGUCUUCCUAUGCCCGUCCUGUAAACCCUCUCCUGGCGAGCCAACACCUUCUAACAACGGAGUUGACUCACAACCCAGUCCACCGCUGUCAACGAAACGGAAACCAGGGUCGUCUUUCCAGGAGAAGCUUGCAGCCUCCCCGGCCAAGAAGCUACGUCGCUCCAAAUCGGUAAACUUUGGCGGCACCGUGACGAUCAAAGCAAGCCCUCCAACAAUCGAGCUUUCAGAUAGCGAGGACGAGGUCAAGGCUUCUCGGCGGGAAGGCGAUUCGUCUCCCAAGAAAGGGGCCCGACCAAGCACCAGCGGGAGCGGUCCAGGAGGCGGUGACAAGGAGAACCCUAUUUCUCUCGUCGAGUUGUCAGAUAGCGGGAGUGAAGGAGAGAAUGAGGGAGGUGAAGGAGACCUUCACGACUUGGAUGGAGGCCACCCCUUCCGACGUCUCAACGAAGACGAGGGCGAUGAUCAUGGUGACGAAGAACAGGACGAAGUUGACGAGCUCGACCCGGAGGAGUACGAAGACAGCAGCCCCAUUCGAGAGUCGGACUAUGACGAGGCUAACGAUGCCGACGCUGAUGGAGAGGGCGAGGAGGAAGAGAAUGUCGAGGCAGACGAAAACCAGGAGGAGGAGGAAGUAGAUGAGAAUGAGGAACCCCAGGUCUACGACCUUGAUGAGGAAGAAGACGAUGCCGAGGAACAGCCCAAGGAGGAGGAAAUAAUCGAGAUUGGAGCAGACGACGAAGAAAACUUUGACACACUUCUCUUCUCAUCGCGUUGGAACACCCCGGAUGAUGUCUUCCUCAAGUACCUCCACCAAUAUAUGGGUCCUCCGCCAAUCAAGAAGCCGGCGUUUAGACCUCAUCCCACCCCCUCGAAGGCACGGAAGGCGUUUAGGUUAUUCUCAGAUGACGAGGAUGACUAUGGAGAUGGCGACGGGGAUAUAUUGGACGAGGAGGAGGAUCCAGGAAACGUUUCAAGUGACUUCCUCGCAACUCCAGGUCUAACAUUCGCCGCAUCAUCGUCUCCACCCAGCAGAGCUCCGCCUGUAUCUUCCUCUCCCGUCCGGGACCACCUCUCCUCUUCACCGUUCAAACGGAUCACCGCGCCCUCCUCCCCGCCGAACGGCCACUCACGACACAGCUCAACCGCCCCUUCCUCGCCCUCUCAAUACCACCACUCCUCCGACUACUCCUACCUAGACUACGAUGACGACGACGACGACCACGCUUACUCAACCUCCCGUCCCACCUCAGCCCUCUCCUUCACCUCCUCUCAAUCACUCACUGAUACCUCCAACCUCCACUUUGCCAAACUCAAGUUUAAGCAUACACCGGCGCCACCGAGGAGGAAGGUGCAGAGGAUGAGGAUUAAGAGGGUGGAGAGGAGGAUUGAAAGGUCCAAGAGGCGGAGUAUGGGUGCUAGCAAUAAAGAAGAUGUGGGGAGUGAUGACGAGGAGGAGCAGGUGGACCAGCUGGUGGAUGAUGGUGUUGCGAAGAGCUAUGAUAUCAGUGUCUUGGAUGGGUUGGAGGAUGAAUUGGAAAUUUAA